AUGGCACGACCGCAAAAAAUGGUCAUUGUCGGCGCCGGUCCGGUAGGCUCACUGGCUGCCCUCUACGCCGCUCAACGAGGCUACCGGGUUGAGGUUUACGAGUUGCGUCCAGAUCUUCGGGAUCCUCGUAUUGUCCCUCUCAACUUUACAAAGUCCAUCAACCUCGCACUCUCGGAGCGAGGCAUUAACGCCAUCCGCCAUGCCGGACUUCCCGAUCUGCUCGAGGACAUCCUCGGCGCCUGCGUGCCCAUGCGUGGCCGAAUGAUUCACGGCAAAAAGCCAUCCGGGGCUUUAUACGAAGUCGCCCAGGACUUUGACAUUCACGGUCGGGUAAGUUUUCGUCAUCGUCUCAGCGAUGUCGGCCUCAUCCACCACCGACAGCCCGUUCACCCAGCUAACAAGUCAAACCCCCAGUGCAACUUAGCCAUGGACCGCGGCGCAUUGAAUGCCAGGCUCCUUGACGCCCUCGAGGACCUGCCUAAUGUCGAGCUCUUCUUUAACCACAAGCUCACCGGCGCCGACUUUCGCAAGCGCAAGGCCUGGAUUGAGGACCGUGAUCGCCUCUCGCCGAGCGGCCGGCCGCGCGAGAUGGAGAUUGACUUUGACAUCAUGCUCGGCGCUGACGGCGCACACUCAGCCGUCCGCUACCACAUGAUGAAGUUUUCCCGCAUGGACUACCAGCAGGAGUACAUUGACACCCUGUGGUGCGAGUUCCGCAUCGACGCCGGCAAGCCUCAGCCCGACGGCUCCGAGACGUGGAAGAUUUCGCCCAAUCACCUGCACAUCUGGCCCGGCAAGGACUUUAUGUUUAUCGCGAUUCCUAGUGAAGAUGGCUCAUUUACUUGCACCCUCUUCCUGCCCGCCAACCACUUUGUGACGCUCGAGGCCGACCCGUCGCAGGUGCCCGAUUUCUUUGAUGUCAACUUUCCCGGCGUGAGAGACCAUAUCUCAGAUGCCUCCCUCAUCGACGCCUUCAAUACGAACCCGCACUUGCCCCUCAUCAGCCUCAAGUGCAAGCCCUACCACUUUGGUGCUUCCGGCGUCAUCAUCGGCGAUGCCGCCCACGCCAUGGUCCCCUUUUACGGCCAGGGUAUGAACACUGGCAUGGAGGACGUUCGCAUCCUCUUUUCCAUCCUUGACAAGCACCAGGCCCUGUUAGCCGAGACCAACAGCCCACUCGACGACGAAGACGACGAGCAGCAAUCUUCGUCCAACGCCGCCGCGGAGCAGGCACACGCGCAGGCCCUCGCUGAAUACUCGGCCACGCGCUGGGUUGACGCAUACACCAUCAACGACCUCGCGUUCCAAAAUUACAUAGAGAUGCGCACGUCGCAGUCCACCACAUACAAGCUACGCAAGGCGCUCGAAGAGUUCUUGUCCCUACGCCUGCCUGGUCUUGGGUGGCGCACAAAGUACUCGCUUGUCGUCUUCAGCAACCGCCCAUACUCGGAGUGCGUGCGCCAGACGGACCGCCAGGGCCGCGUGCUGAGUCGUCUUUUUGCCGGGUUGGUCACCAGCCCAUUCCUAGCGGUUGGUGUGUACCUUGCCUACAGCUACCGGAGGCCCAUGAAGGAGCUCUGGCACAAUGCGGUAGCGAUAUGGCAAAUGAUGUAA